GCGCCCGCCCGCGUGAUCGAAGUUUCUGUGAGCCUUUGUGCGUGUGUGGGCCUGUUCGUGAGGCAGGCCAUCUUGGCGUUGCCCGCUGGGUGCAAGCUCGUGCAGGCCCGCGUUGACGGGCUCGCCCCGCCCUGGCUGUCCCUCAGGGCCAAGGUCAGGGUUUCCUUGGGCUUCAUGCGGGUGGCGCCCGCCUCCUGGUCCUGGGAGUUGUCUUGGGGCCGGGUGGUCAGCGCCGGCGACGCCGGCGAGCGCGGCCUGGGGGGCCGCGCAGCAUGGUGGGGGCCUGGGGAUGCGGUCCGCCACGGCCGCGUCUCCGAG